CAAUGGCGGCGCCCAUGCAACGUUCAAUUUUAAAGUUAUUGAAAUCAACAUCUGGCGGUUUAAAAAGAUCUAUAAGUGGAUCAAAUAGAGUAACUGGAAGUCUUUUUAAUCAACAACGCCGAGACUAUUCAACAGAGCCUCAAUAUAGUAAAUAUGGUGGAAGAACUACGGUGACGGCCUUGACAGGAGAUGGAGUUGGACCCGAGUUGUUAUCCUACGUAGAGGAAGUGUUCAGAUAUGCAGGUGCCCCUGUAGAUUUCGAGAACUUGGAAAUAAAUGCCAGCACAAGCAAUGAAGAAACACUACACAGUGCUAUUUUGUCAGUGCAGCGCAAUGGGAUAGCUCUUAAAGGGAAUAUUGAGAGCAAAUUUGAUGAACCAGGUUUUAAAUCUAUGAAUGUUGAACUAAGGACAAAGUUGGAUUUAUUUGCCAGUAUUGUGUGGUGUAAAUCUAUCGCUGGAGUUCAAACUCGACACCAGAAUCUAGACAUCAUCUUAAUACGGGAAAAUACGGAGGGAGAAUACUCAAACUUGGAAUAUGAAAUUGUACCAGGCUGUAUAGAGAACUUGAAGAUCAUAACAGCAGCAAAGUCUACCAAGAUUGCUAAAUAUGCAUUUGAAUUUGCCAAGACCCAUGGAAGAAAGAAGGUCACAGCUAUUCACAAGGCAAACAUCAUGAAAUUAGGAGAUGGACUUUUCUUAGAAUCCUGUAGAAAGGUGGCCUGUCAGUAUCCAGAUAUUGAAUUCAGUGACAUGAUUGUGGACAAUGCUAGUAUGCAGAUGGUGUCUAAGCCGCAGCAGUUUGACGUCCUGGUGAUGCCCAAUCUCUAUGGUAACAUUCUCAGUAACAUCACCGCUGGAUUGGUCGGAGGCCCUGGGGUGAUUCCCGGGAUGAACAUUGGAGACAAUUACGCUGUCUUUGAAAUGGGAACUAGAAGUUCUGGACGCAGUAUGAAGGGAAAGAAUAUUGCCAAUCCUACAGGAAUGCUGUUAGCCAGCUGUGAUAUGCUGGAUUACAUUGGCUAUACCCACCAUGCUAAAUUGAUCCGAGAGUCUGUGAUGAAGGUGCUGUCUGAGGAUAAAAUCCAGACUCCAGAUUUAGGAGGCCAGGCAACGACACUGGAAGUCGUACAGGCCAUUAUAGAUGAUAUUAAGCCAAAAACCUCUAGCUGAGGAGCAAUGAAGAAAAAAAACCACUAGUGAAUCAAAAAACCUGUCCAAGAGAAGUUCAAAUG